GAUUACUCGAAAGUACUACUGCAUUUAGGUCUGGAUGUUCACUCUUACCAACUUGAAACGCGCAGCCUACCCAGAAGGCAGAUGCACGCCAACCCCACACAAAACAUUUUUCCCGCUCUACAUUGUCGCAUUGAUCCACCCCCAUUGACGCUGGUCCUUCGAGAGAAUGGUCAACCACCUAUGGUGGCGAAAAUUCCAUCGGAAAUCAUCACUUUGGCAAAAUUCCGCAGAAUCUUUGGCGUUUCACGAACAGAGAACAAAAGAUUUCUUUUCAAAAGCACAUGCGAGGAUGACUCGGCUCCGUAUCAGUGGAGCCUCGUUACUGAUGACGACGCCGUUUUGCCACUGUUUGAUGGGAAAAUCAGUGCGGAAUGUCGUCAUUUCAACGACGACUCAGAUUAA